UGCAUUAAUAUUAAUAAAUAAAAACAAUGGCAAAGACUCGAACAGUCUAGCUAAGGCCUAGGUCGCUAGAUUUAUCUGUGUUUCAUCAAAUCGAUGCAGUGGAAUUGCGUGCUACUGUCUCUUAGUUCUUCUACCUGAACCAUGAGUAUUUGCGGAUUGGAUGGCCAUGCAAGAAAUGAGAUGAAGUCAUGUCUGACCAUAGGAGAGGAGGGAAUGUAUGCUACACUCAAGGAGGAUCUUACCUCCACUGCUAUCAACACAUGCCUUCACAAUUUGUGCCCUGAGGCACUGGAUAGGAUGUAUAAGAUGAUAAAUACUAGUGAAAAGUGGAAAAUGUUUGCACAUUUCUUGAUUAACUGUGAUCAAGUAGACAUUGAUGUAUUGGCAGCGAAACCAGCAGAUGAGAGAGCUGCUGAAAUAAUGAAGGUCUAUGCAUCACCUCAUUACCAGGAAAGCAAUAAUUUGCACAGCCACACUCAAAGGGUCAUCGACGUGCUAAGAUGCAUAGAACACUGGGACAUUUUGAGGUUCAUGUUACCACAUUUUAAGGAACUCAUCUCUCAACUUUAUAAUGGAAAAAGGUGCUGCAAAUCCGUGCAAUGCAGUGAUUCACAUGUGCUAAGUCCAAUCGACGGUUUACAAGACCCAAAAGCACAUGUGAGGAAAUACCUUCAGAAGUUUGAGUCACCCCGAGUGCUCGUCCUCCACACGUUGGAGGCGCCCCCUGGUGACGUGGAGGGACUUGUGCGCCAGAUUCGCACGUGGUGGCCGCGCGCCAAGGCUGUGAGCCUCGGCGAGCUGGAGCCGGCCCAGAGCGUGCGCUGCAUCGAGUGCGUCAAGCGGUUCUACGCGGAGCUGUUCCACGAGGUGGACCGGGUGCUGUUGCUGAUUACUCCGCGUUGCGGCGAAACGUUCGACGCGGGACGCCCUCUGGAGAAUCCCAUCACCAUCGACGACGUCGCCAAGUACAUUUACGAUUUGAUGCAGGUGCGCCAUCGACUGUGGUGUGCUGCUUAG